AUGAGUACAGUGUUUGGGGAAGACCGUGAGCACGACUUUGAUGAGGCGGCAGAGGCACCCGGGUUUGAGUUGAGCCAAAACCCACAUGCCUGUGCCUACUGUGGAGUCAACACCCCCAACUCGGUGAUCAAGUGCAACACGUGCAACAAGUGGUUCUGCAACGACAAGACCAACUCUUCUAGUUCCCACAUUGUCACCCACUUGGUAAUGUCCCGCCACAACCAAGUCAGCUUGCACGAAGAGUCGGAUCUAGGCGACACCACGUUGGAGUGCUACAACUGCGGCAACAAGAACGUGUUUAUGUUGGGGUUUGUCUCUGCCAAACAGGAGUCUGUCGUGGUGAUCCUCUGCCGUUUGCCCUGCGCACGGUCAAAGGACAUCAACUGGGACACGAGCCACUGGCAGUCGCUCAUUGAAGACCGGCAGUUUUUGUCGUGGUUGGCGCCGCCCCCGAGCGAGGAGGCGUUGAUUGAUUCCAGGCAGGUGACCCCGCAGCAGAUUUCCAAGUUGGAGGCCCAGUGGCGGUUGAACCGGGAUGCGACUAUUAACGACGUUGAGAAUAACGACGUUGCCGAAGAGCUGGUGUUGCCGAUAUUGAUGCGGUACAACGACGGGUUCCAGUACCAGAGAUCGUUUGGCCCGUUGGUGAAAUUGGAAGCCGACUACGAUAAAAACUUGAAGGAGUCGCAAGCGCUAGAGCAUAUUCAGGUCAAGUGGGCCUUGGGGUUGAACAACAGACACUUGGCCUCGUUCACGUUGAUGACGUUUGAGACCUCCAAUUUGAAAGUGGCUGUGGGAGAUGAGAUUAUAUUGCGUUAUAACGGCAGCCAGAGGGAGCCCUGGGAAGGGCAUGGCUUUAUCUUGAGGUUGCCCAAUUCUUACCAGGAGGAGUUCACAUUGGAGUUGAACGCGUCCAAAGUGGCGCCACCAACAAACUUGACCAACGACUUUACUGCCGAGUUUGUGUGGAAAGGCACCUCGUACGACCGGAUGCAGCAAGCAAUGAAGGACUUUGCCACAGACGAAGAGUCUGUUUCGUCGUACCUCUACCACAAGUUGUUGGGCCACGAUGUGGCUCCCGUGGAGUUUGACAUUGAGGCCCCGGAGAAAUUCUCGCACCCAAAGUUGACCGAGUUGAACAUCUCCCAGACCAACGCUGUGAGGUCUGUGUUGCAAAGACCGCUCUCCUUGAUACAAGGACCACCGGGGACAGGCAAAACUGUCACCUCCGCCACGAUAGUCUACCAUUUGUCCCGCUUGAACAAGGAGAAGAUCUUGGUUUGCGCGCCUUCAAACGUAGCCGUUGACCACUUGGCCGAGAAGUUGGACUCGUUGGGGUUGCGGGUGGUGCGGUUGACGGCCAAGUCACGCGAGGACGUCGAGAGCUCCGUGAGCCACUUGGCGUUGCACCACAUUGUCAACAAAUCGGCAAAGGGAGAGUUGAAGAAGUUGAUCAAAUUGAAAAACGAGGUUGGCGAGUUGUCGGUGGAGGAUGCCAAAAACUUUAUCAAAAAUUUGCGUGCGUCCGAGUUGAAGAUAUUGAGCAAGGCCGAGGUUGUGUGUUGUACGUGUGUGGGUGCCGCCGACAAGAGACUAGCCCAGUUCAAGUUCAGAACAGUGUUGAUAGAUGAGAGCACGCAGGCUUCCGAGCCGGAGGUGUUGAUCCCCAUAGUCAAAGGAGCCAAGCAGGUGAUUCUCGUUGGCGACCACCAGCAGUUGGGGCCUGUUAUCUUGGACCGAAAAGCCGCCGAUGCCGGGCUAAAGCAGUCCCUAUUUGAGCGAUUGGUCUUUCUCGGACACGUUCCGAUUCGGUUGGAAGUGCAGUACAGAAUGCACCCGUGCUUGUCCGAGUUCCCCAGCAACAUGUUUUACGAAGGCUCACUCCAAAACGGAGUCACUAGCCAGGACCGGUUGGUGGAGGAGGCGAUGUUCCCCUGGCCCGUGUUGGACACCCCGAUGAUGUUCUGGGCCAAUUACGGCCGUGAGGAGUUGAGCGGCAGCGGCAACUCGUACUUGAACCGAGUCGAGGCGAUGAACGUGGAGCGGAUCAUCACGCGGUUGUUCAAGGACGGGAUCAGGCCGGAGCAGAUCGGGGUGAUCACUCCCUACGAGGGCCAAAGGGCGUACUUGGUGCAGUUCAUGUCCAUCAACUCGACAAUCUUGGACAAGCGGCAUGAGUAUCUUGAAGUGGAGAUUACUAGUGUCGACGCGUUCCAAGGGCGGGAGAAGGACUUUAUCAUCUUGAGCUGUGUUCGCGCCAACGACUCGCAAAGCAUUGGGUUCUUGAGCGAUCCGCGGAGGUUGAACGUGGCGCUCACCAGGGCCAAGUACGGGUUGUUGGUGUUGGGGAACCCACGCGCAUUGUCGCGCAACAAGCUAUGGAACCACUUGUUGAUCCAUUUCCGCGAAAAGGGGUGCUUGGUCGAUGGACCGUUGGACAACUUGCAGCUUUCCAUGGUGCAGCUAAACAAUUACGCUGCGCGAGGCACCACCAAAGGGCCAAAGAGGAACCCGCUUGGCGCUCCAUCGACGGCAUUCUCGACCGCCACUUUUGACGGCGGCAGCAUGGCCAAUGAAGGGUCUGACGUGCAACGCCAGCAGAAGGUUAGGGACGAGUUGUGGCCCGCGUUGGCCAACCAGUCAAACUACUACAACGGCGACAACUCCAUCAGCGCCAAUUUCUACAGCAAGUUGCACAAGAUUGAUAAAAAGUACGAAGGUGCGAGAUACAGCGGGGAGAAUAUCGAGGACGACAUCCGGAGCAUCACCAGCUCGUUUGCCGCGGGAUUGAACUUUUAA